AUGGAAAACGGCGCAUUACAACAAGGCGAAGGCAAGGAUCCUUCAUCCUUCCUGUCAGAAAUUAUUGGCUCAAAAGUCAUUGUAAAGCUCAAUAAUUCUCUCGUCUUCAAAGGAGAAUUACAAUCCGUCGAUGGAUAUAUGAAUAUCGCUUUAGAAAAAUGCGAGGAAUGGGUUCAUGGAAAGAAGAAGACAGUUCAUGGUGAUGCUUUUGUGCGGGGCAACAAUGUCAUGUACAUAUCGGCCGAUGAAUCUGCUUAA